AUGAAGUCGGACAUCGACCUUGAACUUGCUGUCCAUAAGGCCGACAUAGAUAAACUGGCACGAACAAUAGAUUCUAUUGUUAAGCGUCUCGAAAGGCUUGAAAACAGAGAGCAAGUUCAGGAUAUAGACCGAUCACGAUCUACUUAUGUCAGCGAGGACGUGUUGUCUCAGAUCCAGAGCUUAGAAAAAACACAGAAAGACAUUGAAAAAACAAUGACUGAUUUACAGUGUCGUAGUAUGCGCGACAACCUCCUGUUUUUUGGCCCGGCAGAAUACAGAGGUAACAGAAAAGAGGAUUACGUGGCUCUCAUAGAUGUCUUUUGUGAUGACCUACUUCGGCUCCGUAAUAUAAAGCGGGACAUCGAAAGAGCUCAUAGGAUAGGAAGAAGGAGGGAUGGAGAAUGCAGACCAGUGUUAGUGAAAUUUUCAUCUUAUAGGGUGAGAGAGAAAGUCCGCGCGAACGCCAGCAGGCUAGAGGACACGAGAUAUGCAAUUUCGGAGCAAUUUCCAAGAUCAAUACAGGAGCAAAGAAAACAACUUUACCCAAUUCUAAAAGAAGCAAGAAGAAGUGGUAUAAGGGCAACAAUGGUUGUUAACAGACUUUAUAUUGAAGUUGAGGAGUACAGAGGACCGGAAACAAAGGAAACUAUGGUUGCAAGUACUAGGGAUGAUGAGGUUACAGAAGGAUAG